AUGACAACGAUGGUGGAGAUGGAGCACCUAUGGACGCAAGUCGUGACAUCUCUCACGUGAAGGCCAUUCUGGAGGAAGCUGGCAUAACCGAUUAUGAUCCGCGUGUUGUUCAUUUGCUUUUGGAUCUGCUCUACACUACUACCUCUGGCUUGUUGACUGAAGCAAAGGCUAUUUCACAGCAUUGCGGAAAAAUGGUGAUUGACGAGACGGAUGUACAAAUCGCGGUUGAGAUGAGUGGUGAGUACAGGAGGUGUAGUUCUGUCUACUGUCGGUGUAAUGUUCAAUAUCAGGUUUCCGCUAGUGGGAUUGGUUUUGUGGUAUUUCUCAAAAAGUACUUCAUUAUUCGAGUAAUCACUACGUCAACAGAACAUGUAAAUUAUGAUUCAGGACUCUUGUGUGACGGCAAGCCUAACCGAGCUGAUUUACUGAAAAUGGCGUGCGAGCGGAAUGCACAGCCUUUACCUCAAAUCCGUCACAAUUUCGGACUCAAGCUUCCCAACGACAGAUUCUGUUUGUUGCAACCAAAUGUCGAAUGGCGUGGAUCGGAUAGAACAACAGCAGAUCUGCUGGCCAACAAUGCUCCUCUCACAGUAGGACAGCCUCCGGCUCAUGGAUAUGGCGACGAUAGCUUGCAACAGCUGAGACCAGAGCAUGUCACUAAUCUGCUCAAGAGACCAGCAGAGGAGGACUUUGAUGCAUGAUG